AUGCACAGCCGCGCGUUCUCACUGACAGCAGCAUGCCUGGCGCUGCUGCUGCUCAGUCUGAGCUGCGUCUCGGUGCAAGGUGCAGCCUUGACGACCAUUCUGCAACCUCACGAAAAGUCAUGUUUUUACGCUUGGGUGGACAAGGUCGGAGAAAAGAUUGGUUUCUACUUUGCGGUCCAGAGCGGUGGGAGCUUUGAUAUUGACUAUCACGUUGGAAGUCCUAGCGACCGCACUAUAGUGGAAGGUGUCAAGGAAAGACAGUUGGACAUUGUCUUUACAGGAAACGAGGUGGGCGAGUACGCCUUCUGCUUCGAGAACGACAUGAGCAACUUUGCCGAUAAGAUGGUGAGCGACGUUCCAAUGCCCCGCGCGUCAUUCGCGUCGCCUUGUUGACCUAUGCUCCCUCCAACUACCCGCUCUUUCCACCCAGAUCGAUUUCGACAUCACCGUCGAGUCAGAACCGAGGUUAGACUUACCGCUGUCCUCUGCGGCAGCUCUCUCGGAGUCAUCCGCUCCCCUCGAAGAGUCGAUCGGCAAGGUGGAUGCUCAGUUGACGAAUGUGGUCAGAACGCAGCGCUACUUCAGAGUGUGGGAGAAUCGAGGGUACAACACCGUGAAGGGUACGCAGUGAGUACAUGCAGAUGACUCAUAGAAGGGUCGUCCUGCCACAAAAGGGCGGUCGGUGGAGGUUGCGCUGCAACGCAUGAUAGAGCGGUGCUGGUCCGGCGGGGAAGCGUCGCAUGUGGUACCAGCUCUUCGCACGUGCUGACCACAUUUGCUUCACGUCGACCAUUCUGUGCCUCCUGCAGGCGGAAAAUGUUUUGGUAUUCCAUCGUCCAAGCCUUGGUGGUCAUCAGCAUCUCGGUCGGGCAAGUGUACGUGGUCAGAUUGCUCUUCGAGAAGGGAAGCACAAAGCGGUACCGUGUAUGA